GGACGCCGAUUCUAUUCACGAUUGUAUCGCUGCGCUGAAACCGGAAAUUCUUCUUAUUGUUGAAAAGCAGCGCGAUGAAGAGUUGUCGGAGAAGCGGGAGCGCCGCAAAAAGCAGCAAGAAGAAGAAGCAACUCGUCGCAAGAAAGAAGAGGAAACCGAGCAAAAAGAACGCAAGAAAAACAAAGAUGCUACCCCAUCAUCGCCGACGACGUUGUCAACUUCAACUACUUCUGUCGUUCCACCACCUGUCACGAUGGAAGUUGCUCAACCCGAAACUCCGGUCAGUGUGUCAGAAACGCCAUCAUUCGGGUCGUUCUUCCAUGGAUUCAAUAUGCAAUCGGGAUCCAGUAACAAUUCAGCCAUGUCAUCGACUCCACUGGUGCGUUCUAACGACCACGCGGAAACUUUGGCUACCUCUAUCGUUGAAGCUGUACUUGGUCCAGCAUUGGAAACCGUUUCCAGUCAGGCUCGACCACAGGCUUCAGAAAAUCGUGAACAAUCAGAAGCUACUCCGACUAUGGCUCCGUCUCUCCGUGUUCAGCCGCAGACGACUACAAUCACUCCUAGCGAAUCGUCUACCCAAUCCACCUUGCCUGUUAUAGUGGAAACGCCAGCCAAUAAUAGCAGUUUCACUAACUCACAUGGCCUCAUGUCCGCGAUUCAAAGAAUCCAAGCGGAAACAACGCCGAACGUUGACCGAGGUAGUGACCAAUCUACAACGACUUUUAAUCCUAUACCGAAUGCUACGCCUAGCGCCCCUCGAAUUGGAUUACAAGAAGAAUUGCACCCAUUUUCGACGGAUCAGGUGCAGUUUAUCCGACGGCCAUUAACUUUCCAAGGAGAGAUUAACACACCCAUCCGAUCAACUGAUGAAAGUUUUAUGGGCCUUUCAGCUGAAGAACUCCGUGAGCAAGUUGAUCUUGAAAGUCAACAACUUGAAAAUCGACAACCUAUCAAUAUGGAUUUAGGUGCCGGAUCUGUGAUGCCGCCGAGCGCAGAGCCGACUGGUGCCGUUGCACUACCCCUAGCAGCAGCCGGAUCGUCAGGUCAGCAACCAAGCGAGUACCAGUCGUUGUUGGGUAAUAUUGAAAUACCAGAAGGCGUCGAUCCAUCAUUUUUGGCCGCACUUCCCGAAGAUAUGAGACAAGAAGUCAUUGCCGAACAACUUCGUUUGCAACGACUGCGUCAAAGUGCGAGGGCUCAAACCACCGAUACCACUACCCAACAGGCCGUUUUGGAAGUGAGUGCCGAGUUCUUGGCGGCUCAUCCACCAAACAUUCAGGAAGAGGUGCUUGCACAACAGCGCCUCGAACAGCAGCGCACUGUUGUUCCUGCAAAUCCUAAUGAACCCGUCGAUCCGGCUGAUUUUCUUUCUACUCUGCCACCGGCGCUUCGACAAUCCAUCCUUGCUGAUAUGGAAGAUUCGCAGAUGGCCGUUUUGCCUCCCGAUUUGGCUGCAGAAGCCCAAAAUCUGCGGCGAGAGUGGGAGGCGCGCAACAGGCAGUUGAUGGCAGAUCGAUUCUUUACUCACGUCGGAAACUCUGGAGCUAACGCUCUCUCAUCAAUCAUCCGCAACAGCAUGGGUCGAUUGGGCAUUCGUUAUGGAGUGCACCCGGUCCACAAUCAUGGUCAUUGGGGUGCCUGGGGUAGACCUGUUGCUGGGGCGAGUGGGGCAUCCGCUGUAGUAGCUCAGGCUGCUGCGAACGGAGUUCGUCUAAGGGGUCGCCACUACUGGAUCAUGAAGCUCUGUCCUGUUUUCUAGUCCUUCUCUUCAUUGACGAGCCUAAGUUGAACACGACACGGCUACAUCGCGUACUCCGCAAUCUCUGCUAUCACGGUCCUACUCGUGACUGGGUUGUCAAGUCAUUAUUGUCGAUUUUGGAACGCAGUAAUGAGGCUCGCGCAAAUGCCACCGAACUCUUUCCAAUUACGUCGACUCCGUCCACCAAAGGGAAAAGAAUCACUUCUAGAGCCUUGACGGCGACGCCUCCAUCUGAUGUUAAGCAUGCUACCGGUGUUCCGUCGUGGUGAAAUAUUAGCCUUGAUGCAGCACUAGGUUGUCGAGCCAACGUGUUUCAUAUACUGAAACCUUCAUCAGCUGGUGGAGUUAAGAAACAAGGAGCGUCAAGUUCCAUCACAAUCCACAGUCAAGCCGCACCUAUCAUCUGUCGUCACACAUUAGACGUUUUAAUAUCGUUAGCUAAAAGUGUCCCUUCUCAUUUUCUCCCUCGACCACCACUGGCUGGAAAU